GCCCUGUAUCUGCGCAUGCCCAGAGCGGCGCUGUCUGAGACUCGCUGCGCAAGCGCACACAAGCGGGUGACGCAUAGCGCAUGGCGGUUGGCGACAAGGAGAUGGAUCCCGACCUCUUCCUUCGAAAGGUGUCGACAUUGCAGGCUGGCUUCCGAGGCUUCUUGGUCCGACGUCAGUUCCAGAGCCUUCGAGGGGAGUAUGAGGCAAUUGUUCAGGAGAUUGAGGGUGACCUCAGCACACUUCAGUGGACUGGGGGCUGGAUUCCCAAGCCUGUAUUUCUCCCAGAGGCAAAACCUCAUCAAUCCUGGAAAGCAGAGAAAAUAACAAAACCAACACAGAAACUAUGGAACCAUUCCUCAUAUAAAGACUGUGAAAAAGAGCUCAUCUGGGAGGAGACAGUGCAGAAGACAGAAGAGAGCCCAGCAGAGCCAGGACGUCUUUGCAGAGAUGACAGCCCCUGGUCGCAGGCUGAACAAGGCAGGAAAGCCAGCCAGGGGAACAGCAGAGAUACCUCUGUCUCCGCGGUGGAAAAUGCAGUCACAGAUGUAGGAGUGUCCCAGAGCCAACAGGCGCUCCAGGAGCAGCGCAACCACUUGGCCAUGGAGCUGCUGUGGCUACAGCAGGCCAUCAACAGUCGGAAGGAGUACCUAAUUCUCAAGCAAACACUGAGAUCCCCAGAAGCAAGCCCGACCAGAGACAAGCCUAUUAACACAUGCCUAAAGCACAGGGGACAGGCCUAUGAGAAGACUUGCAUUCUGGACAACCAAUCCUAUAGAGACAGGAUCAUAGGAGAGCCACACCAUGCAAAGGACUCCUGCCACAAGGGCACACUGCAGCCCGAGAAACCCCCAGACAGUACAGGCAAAGCAACUGCUGGGUCUACAGGCAGGGAACUCUGCAUUAGGAACUCUGGAUCACAGCUGCCUGUAGCAUUAGACAGCCAGGCUGGAGGGGACAGGGCCACCAAAGGGCCAGACCGUGGAGGACAGCCCUUUAGGGAAGCCUCCCUACAGCAGUUGAAAGUCCUGGAAGAUCAGAUCCCUGGGGACCUCAAGUUUAGAAAUCCUUAUUCUGGAAAUGCUGAAAUACAGCUGCCCACACUCUGUGAAAAUGUAAGCACUGAGGACAGAUAUUCCAGAAAGCCGAGCUACAAGGAGGCUGACUGCCCAAGAGCCGGGCCCUAUGAUUUUAGGGCCUCAGAAGGCCACAUGAUUUGGGAUGAGACCUUGGCAGGGCAGGAACGUGGUAGCCUGGAUCUCACAAGGACUAAACCACCCAAGAGCCAACCUCCUAGUGCUUACAGGGAUCUCACAAGGGCUAAACCACCCAAGAGCCAACCGCCUAGCACUUCCAGCCAUGGAAAUACCAGUGAGCUUAGCCCAGAAGGAUGGGAAAGCCAUGGGACUCUGCAGUGGAGAUGACCACUGGAGGACUUGUCUUCUGCAAGUCAGGACUAAGGGAAGGGCAGAUACCAGAAAGCAGGACUCUCAUGGAAGACCUGAGAGGAAGGGUUCCCAAAGAGGAUGCUAUGAAAAAACGAUAAGGGAAGCAGGUACCACCUCUGUCUCCUGCCCUUACCUCUGGCCAUUGGUAGCUAUCAGGCUAAGAGAAGCUGGUACAUAAGGAGGAAAAAGGACAUGCCCUUUUAUCUUCUGCCUCUGACUUAAACCAAAUUUCACCUUCUCUUGGAGUAAGUAGGGUAGGUAGAUCAUGGAGAACAAAUGUUUUUAUUGGGUUCUUGGAUGCCAUGCAGGAGGAGCUGCGUGGGCACCGAGCUCCCGUCUGGCUCGGCUGCCACUGGUGUGCUCUGCAGAAGCACCGCCCCAGAGACUUAGCCCCAGGAUCGCUUCUUGCUGCUGCUGUGCUUCCUCAUGUUAGUCAUUGCCACCCUCCUCGGUCACGUGCCUUGGUGGGACUCCUCGGUCAUGUGCCUUGGUGUGACUCCUUGGUCAUGUGCCUUGGUGUGACUCCUCGGUCAUGUGCCUUGGUGUGACUCCUUGGUCACGUGCCUUGGUGUGACUCCUUGGUCAUGUGCCUUGGUGGGACUCCUCGGUCAUGUGCCUUGGUGUGACUCCUUGGUCACGUGCCUUGGUGUGACUCCUCGGUCAUGUGCCUUGGUGUGACUCCUUGGUCAUGUGCCUUGGUGUGACUCCUCGGUCAUGUGCCUUGGUGUGACUCCUCGGUCAUGUGCCUUGGUGUGACUCCUCGGUCAUGUGCCUUGGUGUGACUCCUCAGUCAUGUACCUUGGUGUGACUCCUCGGUCAUGUGCCUUGGUGUGACUCCUCGGUCAUGUGCCUUGGUGUGACUCCUCGGUCAUGUGCCUUGGUGUGAGCAGACACCUGGAGGCCCUCGCUGCCUACAGCCUGCUGCGAUCACUUCCUGGGUGAGAGACACCCUCCUGGGCAAAUUUACUGCAGAUCAACAUGAAGAUCAACUUUCACAAAUUAAUGCUGUUAACAUGAAUUGAUGACUAUAGAAUUGAUUCAAUAAUUUUAAGAAGAAUGUUUAAGUAGAUGGUUUUAGUUGUUUUUCCAGAAACAUGUAAUAAAGUUAGAGUCAAGAAUAGAACAUGUCCUCUCCUCAUAGAAUAGUAAGUAAAGGCUGCACAAUAAGAAAUACAACGAGCUGUCAUAUAUUCCACUAAGAAGACAAUUAGGCAGCUGGGCGGUGAUGGCGCACACCUGUAAUCCCAGCACUCUGGGAGGCAGAGGCAGGCAGAUUUCUGAGUUCAAGGCCAGCCUGGUCUACAGAGUGAGUGCCAGGACAGCCAGGGCUAUACAGAGAAACCCUGUCUCAAAAAAUCAAAUCCAAAAAAACAAAAAAAAAAAAAAAGAAGAAGAAGAAGAAGAGAAAUAGGGUUGGGGCAAAUUUGUGAUCAAGGGAAAACAUUCAUCCUAGGUCAGGGCCGAGGAUGAACCACAGGUGUGCACCACGAUAAAGCAAGGCCAUGGGAGACUGUGGCUUUGAACUUGUAAUGAGCUUAUGGAAUGAAACACUGCUUUGAACUUA